UUUUUUCUGGCUGUCCGCAGUCCAACAUGGCUGACGAUAGUGGUGGUUGGUUUCUGAGAAGAUUAAUAGAUUAUUUUGUUGUUUUUCAUUCGGUAACAAGAUGCAUAGAAUUUGUUUUAUAGAAAAGUGCAAAUAUUAUUAUUUAGCGAGAUGCCGGGAUCACGUAAGGCGGCAAGGCGAAAGCUGACUUCGCAUCAGUACAACAAGAAGAGCUUGGGAGACGUCACGCUGAACGACUUCGCCAAUUCUCCAUCGGGCAACCACGCGAGGCUUAAAAAAGCAACAACAAACGUCUCUAGUGAAGUUAAGCAGAUAAUGAUCAAGGAGGAAGAUAAUCGUGCUUGGGAUGAAAAACUCGACGAAUUUGAGGGCGACUUUGAGUUUAUCGAACAGGAAAAUGAAGAUGGUAAAAAGGAGGUCGUGAUUUCUAAACAAUCCAAGUCAACGCGCAACAGAACAAAGCCUGUAGAAUCUGCAGUCGUUGAUACAGGUGUUCAAUACCCUGUGGACGUUUGGUUUCUUCUGUCCGAGUAUGUAAGGCCGGAGGAUGUCGGGAGGUUCGCUGGGAUCUGUAAGAGUGCUUAUCACGUCGUCAAGACGGCAAAAUUUUGGUUUCACAUGUACAAACGAUUCUACAAGUGUAUGACUGGUCUGCCAGAACGCCUUCAGCCCGAGUGCAUGGUGCGUUUGUAUGGGCUGAGAACCUGUGUCAUCAGAACACUUCAUUACAGUUAUUUUCCUCAGAGGAGAGACACUCAGAGUCCAGAUGCAAGCCUACAAGAGGAGCCUCAUUCCUUGCUGAAACGCCAGUGCUGUUUAAUGUGGCAUCAGAAAGGCAAAAAUCAGUGGUUCUUCUUCUUCAAACUUAAGGAGGUACCUCGCGGUCGCGGCAUCUCUUGGCGUCACACAGAAGUAAAACCACAUCGUCCUGACCUGAUCGAAAUGCUGGAGGACGUAUCCGCGAAUCCAGAGGACCGCUGCAAAAUUCUACAGGUAACAUGUCUUAAGUAUACGAUGACUCCGUUGGUGAUAGGCCUAAUUCUACAGUCUGUAUCGAUGACAUUGUCGCCCGGUUUUCGUCACCACAGAUUACAGCUCGGUUUUGGAACGGCGGUAACUCCGAAGACACCGGCCAGUCAGAUGUUACUUCUAGACGGAGUAGUUGGUGUCAGAGUUUUAGAUUGGUGGCACCCUUUGUACCCUCAUCAGCACGCAGCUUCUGCUGUAUUACCGCCCUCUGAUGAUGCCUGGGAUUAACUCGUUCGUUCGUUGCCCGAGUUUCAAUUAUUUUAUCAUCAUUAUAAUUCCCUCUUUCUUUGAAAAAAAUGGUUGGUAAAUUAGGAAAAAAAAAAGAAAUGAAUCAAUAUAGAUUACGCCAUUUCUCAGAUAGUCACGAAGUUUUUGCCCAGAGUUGAUAAAUUGUUUUAAUAGUAAUCUCAUCCGUUUUUUCUCCAUUUGAAUUCACUUGACACAACACAGAAAAAAAUUGAGUAUCGCAUGAUAAGACCAAUGUCAAUGUACAUAUACAUACAGACACACACACUAUAUAACUCAGUUUAAUUUUUGAUUUGACAAAGAUUUCAAAGAUUAUUUUUUCUUGUGAAUUUGAAAAUGCGAAGGGGAAAUAGUUUCGUUUUGAUUUUCAAUCGACUCUCUAUCUUUUUAUCCCUUGCACCAAUGCUGCUUAUGAAUAUAAGCAAUAAAUAUCGUUCGACGUUUAUCCUACCGUACAUUUGAUUCUACACUAGUAUUUAUACUAGAUAUGUGUAACAUAUACGUCAGGGUCAUGGUAUCGUGGUCUAGUGUUUGAACCAUGGAAUGUUUUCAUCCCGUGACACAAGAUCGUGUCGUUUCUUUAACCAGAAAUUCCAACCCUUUCUUAUUCACCAGGAAUCAUCUUUUGUAUAGUUUUUCUUCUCUCAUCAGUUAUCUAGUUUAGUUAAGAUUUUCAAUUCCAUCAAGAUAAGGGCAUUCUGUUAUUCCAUUGCGUGUUGUAUAAAUGUAAUUAUAGAGCAGUAUGCAGGUAAAACUGUAUACCGUAAUACAUAAUUGAACGUAUAGUAUAUUAUCUAUUGUUUAGAGAUUGAUUUUAUUCGGAAGUCGGAAAAUCGAGCGGUUCAGUAUUACCGCAUAAAUACGAAAAAAGAUAUUAUUAUUAUUUUUACUCUCGUAUUUUUUCCAUCCUUUCUCUCAAGUCUUUUGUUGGUUAGUCCACCGAACGGCAGUUCAAUCCUUCACUUUGCAAACACCAAUUUUUAUUCUACCUUUUUAUUCCACUGAUCCGAUAUUGAAAAUAAUUUAUACACAGAGAAUGGCAAGAAAUUAAUAAUCAAAUAAACACUAUGAAAAAUGAACAACCAAUUAAAUUUGAAGCAAAUUAUUGUGUAGAUAUUUAAACAUGCGUCUAUAUGUUUUCUGGUAUUCUUGAAUGUAAAACGAAUUGAGAAAUGUGUUACGCUACCAUGAAAGGGGCAAAAGGAUUAAGAAAUAAUAAAGAUCACCAUCAGCAAUAUGCAA